CAUCUUCGAGGGAAGGGGUGGGAAAGUCUUUCCUCCUCAUCACCAAGCCUGGAGCCAGCGGGCCGGAGCAAGCAGCCAGGGCAGAGGCGGGCCACCCCCCCAGACCUGGGGCCAGCUUUUGCUGCGCCCCUGUCCCCGAGGCCCGCUGGUCUUGUGCCCGCCGGAGCCAUCCCGUCCGUCAGCACAAAUCUUGCGGCCUCAGCAGCUGGCCUGGGCCUCGGCGGGACGGAGCGCCUGACGGCCGAGCAGAUCAAGGAGUACAAGGGGGUCUUUGAGAUGUUCGACGAGGAGGGCAACGGGGAGGUGAAGACAGCGGAGCUGGAGCGGCUCAUGAGCCUGCUGGGCAUCAACCCCACCAAGAGCGAGCUGGCCUCCAUGGCCAAGGACGUGGACAGAGACAACAAAGGGUUCUUCAACUGUGACAGCUUCCUGGCCCUGAUGGGGAUUUACUGGGAGAAGGCCCAGAACCAGGAGGGCGAGCUGAGGGCAGCCUUCCGUGUCUUCGACAAGGAGGGCAAGGGCUACAUCGACUGGAACACGCUUAAGUACGUGCUCAUGAAUGCAGGUGAGCCCCUCAAUGAGGUAGAGGCCGAGCAGAUGAUGAAGGAGGCUGACAAGGACGGAGACGGAACCAUCGACUAUGAGGAGUUUGUGGCCAUGAUGACCGGAGAGUCCUUCAAGCUGGUCCAGUAGGAGCAGGUGUUAUGGCCCCGGGAGGCCUGCCCGAAGAAGGCCACUGCCUGCUGCGGCCCACGCUGCUGCCCAGCCUGCCCCCCGCCCCCCCCCCCCCGGCCAAUAAACACUCCAGACAGA